AUGGCAGCAGGAAAUCAUUCCAUAGUGACGGAGUUCCUCCUGGCUGGGCUCACAGAACAGCCAGAGCUGCAGCUUCCCCUCUUCUUGCUCUUCCUGGGAAUCUAUGUGGUCACCGUGGUGGGCAACCUGGGCAUGAUCACACUGAUUGGGCUCAGUUCUAACUUACACACCCCGAUGUACUAUUUCCUCUGUAGUCUGUCCUUCAUUGAUCUUUGCCACUCCACUGUCAUUACCCCAAAAAUGCUGAUCAACUUUGUGGCAGAGAAGAACACCAUCUCCUACCCUGAGUGCAUGACUCAGCUCUACUUCUUCCUGGUUUUUGCUAUAGCAGAGUGUUACAUGCUGGCUGCAAUGGCCUAUGACCGCUACGUUGCCAUCUGUAGGCCUUUGCUUUACAAUGUCAUCAUGUCCCAUAAGGUCUGCUUUUCCCUGAUUCUAGGGGUCUAUGGUAUAGCUGUGGUUUAUGCAUCAGCUCAUACGGGCUGCAUGGUUAGGAUUCAUUUCUGUAAACUGGACAUGAUCAACCAUUACUUCUGUGAUCUUCUUCCACUCCUAAAGCUUUCUUGUUCUAGUACCUAUGUCAAUGAAUUGUUAGUUCUAGUUAUUGGUUCACUUAACAUUUUCAUCCCAAUCCUGGCCAUCCUUAGCUCCUACAGUUUCAUUAUUGGCAGCAUCGUCCGCAUUCGCUCCACUGAAGGCAGGACCAAAGCUUUCAGCACUUGCAGCUCCCACAUGUUGGCAGUUGUGAUCUUCUUUGGUUCUGCAGCAUUUAUGUACCUACAACCAUCAUCUGUCAACUCCAUGGACCAAGGAAAAGUAUCCUCUGUGUUUUACACUAUAGUCGUGCCUAUGUUGAACCCUCUGAUCUACAGUCUUCGUAAUAAAGAUGUCAAUGUUGCUCUGAAGAAGAUAUUAGUAAAAAUAUCACUGUGA